AUGGGGCAGGGGCCACAGCACCACAACUACAAACAGCGCAGCUUUGAUGCCUUGUGCCAAGGUGUUGAGCUGGAAGGGCCGAUUUGGGUGGAUACGCGCGGACAGGUGCACAUUUCUGAUGUGGACGGCUGGGAAGAGCUCAAAGAGAAUGCCCGCGUGUCCUUCAUAGCCUACAGCGACGGAGAUGGUGUGGGCGCAGAACAAGUGGAGUCCGAAGUGCCCAGCGCCAAAGCAUACCCAAGUGGUGCUGCAAGCGCAUGCGCAAAGACGCUCCCAGAGACGGCGGCUCCAUAUGGCUCCAUGAACACAACAUUUUCCAACAUUGGCUUUCAGCUGCUAGCUAGCCGGGGUCAUGCGUGGCUGAAGGCGCUUCUUCCAAGCGACUGCUGCUGCCCAAUUUCUCUCACAUCGCUGGAGGAGGGCCGGACCUGCAAUGCCGUCUCAGUGAUUUCUGUGAGCUACCGGUGGAUCCAUUUGGGCUGCCGGGCCCACAGCCAUUGCAGCGCUGUGCUCCGCUUGCUAAACUGCAACCAGGGCAAGGCAGCACAAACUUUGGAAUCUGUGCUAUCAAAGUGCUCGAGGUUCCCAAAGAAGGCAUUUGGGGCCAAGCUGCAGAAGACCUUCUUCGUCCCUGCGCAAGUUUGCUGCGUUGACUUCCGGCUGUUUCUGCCACUUCUGGACUUGUGGCAAUGCCUGGACGGCAUGUUCUUGUACUUUAGCCGCCCCAGCACACAGUCACAGGUGAAUGCAGAUCGUUGGACGAUUACAUCUGUGCCCAUGGCUGUCGCUGAUGCGUUCGACCUUGCAAAUGCUGUGAAGACGACGGCGCAGCAGGCGGAAGGGCCGGCUGCUGUGAGAAUGGCUGCUCUGGAACGGGAGGCCGAAGCUUACGCUGCAUUCGAAGCCCCAGUAGGAGCACACUAG